AUGGCGGUGCAGGAGUCAGCUGCUCAGCUUUCCAUGACCCUGAAGGUGCAGGAGUACCCGACCCUCAAGGUGCCGUAUGAAACACUGAAUAAACGCUUCCGGGCUGCUCAGAAAAACAUUGACCGAGAGACGAGCCACGUCACCAUGGUGGUGGCCGAGCUGGAGAAGACGUUGAGCGGCUGCCCCGCCGUGGACUCUGUGGUCAGCCUUCUGGAUGGCGUGGUGGAGAAGCUCAGCGUCCUCAAGAGGAAGGCGGUGGAGUCCAUCCAGGCGGAGGACGAGAGCGCCAAGCUGUGCAAGCGCAGGAUCGAGCACCUCAAGGAGCACAGCAGCGACCAGCCCGCGGCGGCCAGCAUGUGGAAGAGGAAGCGCAUGGACCGCAUGAUGGUGGAGCACCUGCUGCGCUGCGGCUACUACAACACGGCCGUGAAGCUGGCCCGCCAGAGCGGCAUCGAGGACUUAGUGAACAUCGAGAUGUUCCUGACUGCCAAAGAAGUGGAGGAGUCCCUGGAGAGGCGCGAGACCGCCACCUGCCUGGCCUGGUGCCACGACAACAAGUCCCGGCUGCGCAAGAUGAAGGGCCGCCAAAGCGAGCACGACGCGAAGACGGGACGGAAAAGUAGAGUGGCCAGUGGCUCCCCUAAAGAGAGUGAGGAUCUUGGUAUGGAAACCAUAAAAGGAAAGCCAGAAUUGAGCUGCCUGGAAUUCAGCCUCAGGAUUCAGGAGUUCAUUGAACUCAUCCGGCAGAACAAGAGACUGGACGCCGUGAGACACGCGAGAAAGCAUUUCAGUCAGGCUGAGGGGAGCCAGCUGGACGAGGUCCGCCAGGUCAUGGGCAUGCUGGCCUUCCCACCAGACACGCACAUCUCGCCCUACAAGGACCUGCUGGACCCUGCCCGGUGGCGAAUGCUGAUCCAGCAGUUCCGGUACGACAACUACCGGCUGCACCAGCUGGGGAACAACUCUGUGUUCACCCUGACGCUGCAGGCUGGCCUCUCGGCGAUAAAGACACCGCCCCCCCCCCCAGCCCCCCAGUCUGCGGCCGCACCGCCGGUGGGGCCGGGGUCCCAGGAGCGGCCCCCGCGGCUCUGGCCCGCUCGUGCCCACAUCCCAGAGUCCCGCUCCAGCACGCAGGUGGUCGGCCUGCUCUGCUCGGGGAGGCAAGGGCGGCAGGGCCAUCCGAGUGGGGUCUCCGGAGUCGCCGGCACACGUUGGCGGCAUGCUGCCAGCGUGUGCACGCACGCGAGUGGCCACGCGCCCCGGGAGCCCCUUCCGGUCCACUCCAGCGACCGCAUCCACGCCUAUCCACACCGUCUGUCCGCGUGCAACGAGCUCUUGGGCUUUGACCACCAGGGAUUAGUUUUGCCUUCGGGUUACGUGGAGACAGACAACGUGCUCCUUUGUGCCGUGCUCGCUUCAGCAGGUGCCUGA